GAUCGUUUAGCAGAUUCAAUGAAAGAGAAAGAAAAAGAAAACUCAAGCCAUCAACUACAAUCCUCAACAGCAAAAGCUAAUUCUGGUGCGAAAGCAUUACCAAAUAACAUUGUUCAAAAUGCAAAGAGCAUCCAUCGAAAAUAUCAGCUGCUGCAACAAUAAUAAAAAGUAAAAAAUUAGAUCUACCAAUCGAUCCAUCGAUAACAUUUGAUCAAGAUAAAGGUACAGCGAAUGAAUUAGAGCAACAAUUACAUAAAUUAUUGGCUGAAAAUGAAAGAUUAACAAAAGCUGUUGAUUUUUAUGAAAAAAAUGCUAUUGUUCUUCCACGAGCCGACAGUACACGUACCGCAUUUUGUUUUGUAAAUGAUAUUGUUAAAAAAAUGUCAAUACCAAAAGACAAUGAAAACGAUCGGCGAAAAGAAAUUCUUGAAGCAUCGUGUUCAAAACUAGAUAUACCUUAUGAUGGAGUUAUUAAAGUAUUUAAAAGUCAGAAAAUAAUGGCCACCAAAGCUCGAGAAUUGUUCCAAUUGGUGUUUGCAGACUAUAUUGACGCUCCAUAUGAUUGGAAAAUCUGGAUAGAGGAAGACGAAAAUCAACAAAGGUUGGAUAUACUAGAAAGUACGAACCAGGGAAAAUCUGAGCUAGAUACAAAUGAAAGCGAUCAACAAUCACUUAACAAUACUAUGAUUGCCCCAAAUAACAAUCGCGAUGAUAUACUAUCUGAAAAUUCGUCUACUAAUGAUAACGAAGGGCAAGAUGGGCAAUUAAAUAUUAUCGAAUCGGAUGACGAGGGUGAAUUUGUAUCUGCUAAUUGUGAUCAUACUAAUGUGGGCGAAGAUUAUGAUGAUGACGAUUUUUUAAUUGAACUCGGUACAAAUCAAAGAGAAUAUGAUGAAACUGACAUUUGUGUUUUAUUAUAUUCAUUUAAAACAAAAUAUAAAUUAUCAUUAAAUGGCUUAAAAUCAUUAAUAAGAGUAUUACUGACUUUAAAAGUACCGCAUACACCACAAUCUGUAUAUAAACUUACACAAACAAUCAGAAAAAGUGAAGAUGUACGUCGACGUGGAUUGGCAAAUCCAACACCAAAAGAAUUAUUAACUAAAAUAUCGAUAUGUCCAAUGUGUGAUCAAAUAACAACAUCAUUAACUGUAUGUACUAAUGGAUGUCAAUAUCAAGAACAAAUAUUAAUUAAACCGCAUGUAUUUAUGCCCUUUGAUAUUAAGGAACAAAUAAGUAAAAUUUUGCUUCGUGAAAAACAAGUUAUGUUUAAUACACAAGAACUACCAUCAUCAACCGGAACAAAAGAAAUAUUGAUGACAGAUAUUCAACAUGGUAGCCGUUAUCGACAAUUUAUUGAAAAAAUUGAUCCAAAACAAUGCUUUUUAACAUUGAUAUUGAAUGUCGAUGGUAUAGCUGUUCAUACAAAUAGUGAACAAUCAAUGUGGGUUGUAACUUUAGCCAUUAACGAAAUCAAACGGACAGAAAGAUUUAAAAUUCAUAAUGUUAUCGUUGCCGGUGCAUCAGUUGGCUAUUGUAAACCAUCAAGAAAAGUAAUGUCAUUAAUGCUAAGACCAAUA